UCCAUUCAUACGGCGCCUUGCAACUGUCAACGUCGAGGGAGGUCUAACCAAGCCUCACAACCUUGGACACGUUCAAAGAACGUCCUCUUUUACAUUUUGCGUUGCUAAUAUACACGUUUGGAGAAAGGGCUGUGACCCUGUACAGCAGCAGUCACCAUGGCAGAAGCUCACCAGGCCGUGGCCUUUCAGUUCACUGUCGGGCCUGAUGGCAUUGACAUGCAGCUGUGCCAUGAGGCCCUGCGCCAGAUAUACCUCUCAGGCAAGCACUCCUGGAAGAAGAGGUUCAUACGCUUCAAGAACGGGGUCAUGACAGGCGUGUACCCAGGCAGCCCGUCUGGGUUUCUGGUGGUGGUGGUGAGUUACAUGUCGGGCACUAAAUAUGCCCAACUUGACCCCUCCCUGGGACUCAUCACCAAACUGGGCACCCACAUACCCAUCAGUCCGUACAUGUCGGAGGACAGCCAGCGGGUGGUGGGUGGGGUGCUGGUGGGCACAGGCCUGUGGGUCACCAUCAUCUUCAUCAUGAGGAAUGCCCUCAAGUGCCUGCUGUCGUGGCACGGCUGGAUGUACAACCGCCACGGAUCUGUCUCCUGGGGCACUCGACUCUGGAUAUUAUUUGUCAAGUUGUUCUCUGGCAGGAAGCCAAUGCUGUACAGCUUCCAGAGUUCGCUGCCACGGCUGCCCGUCCCCCCGGUCAAGGACACCUGCAGGAGGUACUUGGAGUCAGCUCGUCCGUUGAUGGAUGACGAGCAGUAUGUGAGGAUGGAGGGGCUGGCAGGGGAAUUUGAGAAGAACCUGGGCCCAAGACUACAGUGGUACCUCAAGCUCAAGUCCUGGUGGGCCUCCAACUAUGUCAGUGAUUGGUGGGAAGAGUACAUCUACCUCCGAGGUCGUGGGCCCAUCAUGGUCAACAGUAACUACUACGCCAUGGACUUCCUCUAUGCGUUCCCCUCUCAUAUCCAGGCGGCGAGGGCGGGCAAUGUCAUCCAUGCGAUCAUGCUGUACAGAAGGAAACUGGACCGAGCCCAGCUCAAACCACUCAUGCUCCUAAACACUAUUCCCAUGUGCUCGUCCCAAUACGAGCGUAUGUUCAACACCAGUCGUGUCCCAGGUGUAGACACAGACACUAUUCAGCAUGUGGACGAGAGCAAGCACAUCGCCGUUUUCAACAAGGGGCGCUUCUUCAAGGUGUGGGUGUUCUACGAUGGGCGCCUGCUGUUGCCGCGGGAGAUCGAGCAGCAGAUGGAGAGGAUCCUGGCUGAUAAGAGCGAGCCCCAGGAAGGGGAGGAGUACCUGGCUGCGCUCACUGCAGGGGAGAGGACACCAUGGGCUAAAGCACGUGAAACCUACUUCAGAAGUGGCAAGAACAAGCAGUCACUGGAUGCCAUUGAGAAGGCUGCCUUCUUCGUAACCCUCGACGACUCAGAACAGAAAUACGAGACCGACAACCCGGUGAAAUCAUUAGACAGCUACGCCAAGUCCCUCCUCCACGGCAAAUGCUACGACAGGUGGUUUGACAAGUCCUUCAACCUCAUCGUCUUCAAGAAUGGAACCAUGGGCCUGAAUGCCGAGCAUGCCUGGGCCGACGCACCAAUCAUAGGCCAUCUCUGGGAGCAAGUCUUGUGCAUGGACCCUCUGGAGCUGGGCUACACUGAGGAGGGCCACUGUAACGGGGAGCCCCACCCCAACCUGCCCGGACCCCAGAGGCUGCAGUGGGACAUCCCUGCAGAGUGCCAGAGUACAAUCCAGAGCUCUCUGAAGUUUGCCCAGGCACUGGCAGAUGACGUGGACUCGCACAUCUACCCCUUUAAGGACUUUGGCAAGGGUUUGAUCAAGAAGUGCCGCACAAGCCCGGAUGCGUUCAUCCAGAUUGCCCUGCAGCUCGCACACUUCAGGGAUAAGGGCAAGUUCUGUCUAACGUACGAGGCAUCGAUGACACGGUUGUUCAGAGAGGGCCGUACGGAGACGGUGCGCUCCUGCACCAUGGAGACCUGCGCCUUCGUCCGCUCCAUGAUCAGAGACGAGACGAGAGAGGAGCGUAUGAGACUACUGAAGGAGGCGUCAGAGAAGCAUCAGAACAUGUAUCGUGAGGCCAUGAUAGGGAAGGGCAUCGACCGUCACCUCUUCUGCCUUUACGUCAUCUCCAAGUACCUGGGAGUGGACUCUCCCUUCCUCCAUGAGGUUCUGUCAGAACCCUGGAGGCUGUCCACCAGUCAGACUCCACUGCAGCAGGUGGCUUUUGACCUGGCCAAACACCCUCAGUAUGUCACCUCCGGAGGAGGCUUUGGCCCGGUGGCUGAUGACGGUUACGGAGUUUCCUACAUCAUUGUUGGAGAGGACCUCAUCAACUUCCACAUCUCCAGCAAACACUCUAGUCCAGAGACCGACUCCCACCGCUUCAUGGGUAACAUUAAACAGGCCAUGCUGGAACUUAAGGGUCUGUUUGACCUCAACAAGAAAGCCAUCAAGUGAUUUUUUUCUCUCCUAAUUUGAAGAAAAUAAAACAAACAAUUUAAAUAUUUGUUAACAAAAAGGCAUGCUCUUCCCGAAGCUUUUACAUUGAAAUUGUUGCGUUUUUAUUUCUAAGUUAAUUAUACAUUUUCAUAACAUUAAUUAAGUGUGGAAAAUAUACAUUUUAAAUCAUGGAUAUUUAUGUCACAUUUCGCUUUGUUGCUUUUUUGGUUUUGUUCUUGUGAUGGGGUAGUUUUAACUGUAUGUAGCGCACAGAUAAAAAAAUGGCAGUUUCUCUGCCGGACUGUAUACACCAGUGCCUUAGUGGCCCACUAAUGGAGAGAGAGGCAAUGAGAGAGGACAGUGAGCGGGAGUACUUUCAAGUUGCCCCUAGACACUGAUCUAAAUUCAGUUUUGCAUUUUGUUCCACUAAUGAUGAAGGUAAUAUUUGAGUAGGGUAAACUGAUCCUAGAUCUAUAUUGUGUUAUUUAUCGUGUGUACUGCCAGUUUUUAUCUUAUUUUAGCUACUAUGUUUUUAUGACUAGUGAUAAAGUUGUUUAUUUUGUUGUGUGGUCAUUUUCAUACUCAGGUUUUUGAACUUGGCGUAGUUUUAGGGUUCAGUUUGCCACAGCAUUACAGGUUUGGCGUGUACAGUAAGGUUUCGGGAUACACUACUACUGCUGAAUUCCAAAUGGAACUCUAGCCUCUAACUUCUAUCUUCUGUAGAUCUGAAAAUAUUUAAGUUUAUGGUGAAAAUUCCACUUAGCCUCUCCAAGGGCUAGAUGGAGUAAUUACCAUAAUGAUUGUCUAUGGGUAAAAAAAGCUAUUUAGAAUACAGAAUAUUACGCCUCACAGCAGAUAGUCGUUCGAAGUAAACAUGGAUAUUUGUGUUUUAGUAGAAGGAAGAUAUGGUGUCGUUUGGGAGUAAUCUCGCCUGGGUCAAGUUCAGCAUGGCACAAUGUUGUGGAACGUAGAACAAACAUGCCUCUCUAACAUGUAAAAAGAGGAAUCACUUCAAAUCAUGACAUUCCUAAAUGUUUGCCUACUGAACAUGGCCCUGCGUUGCAUGUUGAAUUUUGAAUCCUCUCAUUGCAGCUGUUGAUGGGUUAGGGGUGGUCACUGCACUUUUUGUUUGUCAGCGCUCUACAGGACUGGCCCUUCAGAUCACACUAGCCUAACUGCCUUUGUAGCCUUUAGCCAUGGUUGUUUUCAUUAGGGCACAAUGUAGCAAAACAUUUUGCAACAGAAAGCGAAAACAAGCAUUUCUUGUUGGACUGUUUUUUUCUUCAGUUUUGUGUAUAAUGAACACGACCCAGGUCUCAGACCACAGACGAUCUGACUAUAUCUGCUUAUAAAGGGACUUUUCAUCCAGGGGUGAACUGUCAUGAUGUAUAUCAUAAGAAUGUCAACUGACUGUUGUAGUUCCGUUUGUUGUAGAUCAUUUUUUCAAGUGAAGAGACUGUCGUAUUUCACCAACAUGAAUACAGUGUCUCAAGAGACUUGCAGUGUGUUGAAUGUGAACAUUUUUGGAAACUAUUGGGGCUGUACACAGAUGCAGGAUACAUAGGAUUAGACAAUGGUGUAUAGGACUAUACUACAUAGGAAAGACUUUAAAAAAUGUAGUAGGCUAACUUGUAACCAAGAUCAAUUCUUUGCUCAUUUAGGUAUUGAAAAGGACAUUUUAUUUUAUGAUUAAAAAAACAUUUUUGACAUGACUUUGUUAUUCCUGACUUUGUUAUUGCAUACGUGGAAAACAAUCUAUUGUAGUUGUAAUACAACUUCUCACAGUAGACCCGUUUACACAUCUGCCUGGUUUGGAUGAAGAAGCUAGCUAAUUUAAAGAUACGUGUAAAAAGACAAGCAGCUGAAAUACCAAAACUUUUUAACACAAUAAAAGCGAAUGUCAACCAACUGAA